AUGGUCGUCCGCUUCGUCUGCGACAAGUCCAUCCCAAAGGCGCGUGCGGUCCUCACCGAAGCCACCGGCGGCAGCCUCAAGUACAACCUCACGGAGGAGAUCCGCUUGCUGUACUUUGAACAGCGUGCCAAGACCUACAUUGAGGAGGUGCUCGUACCGGCGCUCGGCAUCAGUGUGUUUUACUACGUGAUGGAGUUUGCUUGGGCCCGUCGCUUCCGGGACCAGGGAGCGGCGGGGAGGGGGCAGAUUCACUUCCAUCUGCUCGGCUGGCUCGAGAGCGGCGAGCCACACCAUAUCAUCUCGGUCGGCAACUCGAGGGACUCAGUAGUUGUGACCCCCCUGGAGUGA